AGACAACUGUCACACCUUCUCUCUAGCAGAGCUCUCAGCAGUUGUUUUCCUGGGUGGCUGCCUAACCUGGUCUCAGUGUUUUCAGUUUCAGCUUUAGUCUAUUUAAUUGCCGAAGUUGAUCGUUAGUUUUGGUUUGUAGCCACUAGGUCUCUGAAGAAAAAGCAGAAAGUUCCAGGACAUCGAAGGGGUAAAAAACUAAAAGGCCAAAUUGUCAGUGAGAGAGAAAAUUGAGAGAAUCCAGUGCAGUAAAACUCAGAAGAAAAGAGAAGAGGCGAAGCACUGAACACUUUCUCAUUGAAGCUGCUGUCUUCUCAGCUCUAAAGGAUCUCUGCUCCCGACAAGGUUGCACCCUAGACAUGGCCUCAGAAACCCACAUGCCGGCCCCAGUGUGCCUCAUUGAGAACACUAAUGGGAAACUAGCAGUUAAUCCAGAAGCUUUGAAGAUCCUGUCUGCCAUUACCCAGCCUCUUGUCGUGGUGGCCAUUGUGGGCCUCUACCGCACAGGCAAAUCCUACCUGAUGAACAAGCUGGCUGGGAAGACCAAGGGCUUCUCUCUGGGCUCCACGGUGCAGUCUCACACCAAGGGAAUCUGGAUGUGGUGUAUGCCUCAUCCUGAAAAGGCAGACCACACCCUCGUGCUGCUUGACACUGAGGGCCUGGGAGAUGUAGAGAAGGGUGACAACCAAAACGACUCCUGGAUCUUUGCUCUCGCAAUACUGCUGAGCAGCACCUUUGUGUACAACAGCAUGGGGACCAUCAACCAGCAGGCCAUGGACCAGCUGCACUAUGUGACAGAAAUGACAGAUCGAAUACGGGCAAAAUCUUCACCUGGUGCAAAUGAGAUUGAGGAUUCUGCUGACUUCAUACGCUUCUUUCCAGAUUUUGUGUGGACACUGAGGGACUUUUCCCUAGACUUGGAAGCAAAUGGACAACGCAUCACAGCGGAUGAGUACCUGGAGAAUUCACUCAAACUUAGGAAAGUUGACGAUCAAAAGGAUAAAGAUUUUAAUUUUCCUCGACUCUGUAUCCGGAAGUUCUUCCCACAGAAGAAAUGCUUUACUUUUGAUCGGCCCACUCACGGGAAGAAUCUAGGCCAGCUUGAGACCCUACAUGAUGAUGAGCUAGACUCCGACUUCGUGCAAAAAGCUACAGUCUUCUGCUCCUACAUCUUCAACAGUUCCAAAGUUAAAACACUUCCAGGAGGCAUCAAGGUCAAUGGACCUCGACUGGAGAAUCUGGUGCUGACCUACAUCAAUGCCAUCAGCAGUGGGGGUCUGCCCUGCAUGGAGAACGCGGUCCUGGCCUUGGCCCAGAUAGAAAACUCAGCCGCAGUGAAAAAGGCCAUUGCCCUCUAUGAUGAGCAGAUGGCCCAGAAGGUGCAGCUGCCCACGGAAACCGUCCAGGAGCUGCUGGCCCUGCACAGGGCCAGUGAGAAAGAGGCCAUUAAAGUCUUCAUGAAGAACUCAUUCAAGGAUGUGGACCAUUUAUUCCAAAUGGAAUUAGUGGCCCAGCUAGAAAAAAAGGAAGAAGACAUUUGUACACAGAAUAUGAAAGCAUCAUCAGAUCGUUGCUCAGCUUUACUUAAGGAUAUCUUCAAUCCUCUGGAAGAAGAUAUAAAACAGGGGAUUUAUUCUAAACCAGGAGGAUAUCAUCUUUUUAUCCGGAAGAGGCAGGAGCUAGAAAAACAAUACCGUCAGGAACCCAGGAAGGGAAUACAGAGUGAGGAAAUUCUUCGGACAUACUUGGAGUCCAAGGAGGCUGUGACUGAAACAAUUCUACAGAUAGACCAGACUCUCACAGAGAAGGAAAAGGAGAUUGAAGAGCAACGUAUGAAAGCUGAAUCUGCAGAGGCUGCAAAAAAAAUGUUGGAGGAGAUGCAGAUAAAGAAUCAGCAGAUGAUGGAGCAGAAAGAAAAGAGGUAUGAGGAGAUUCUGCAACAAGUGACUGAGAAGGCGGACAAGGAGAAGGCCCAGUUAAUGGCAGAACGAGACAGAGUUCUCAAUCUUAAACUUCAGGAACAAGCCCGGUUUCUGAAUGAAGGAUUCAAACAGGAGAGUGAAAAACUUCAUAAAGAAAUACAGUAUCUCCAGAAUGACAUGAGAAGGAAGAGAUGUAUCAUAAGCUAAAGACUUAAGGAAUAGAGCUUUCCUGUUCACUCUUUGCCGAAGGCAUAACUCAAGCAGUUUUAGAAUUUGGAAAAAUGUCGCUAUGUGGCAGGAAAAGAAAACCCCAUAAAAAGCUUCUAUGCUCUGCAGCUUCUUUGAUAAGCAGUGCUCUCUGUAACACCUGCAAAAUUUCACAAUGCCUUUUGUUUUGAUGUGACAGGACGUAGCUGAACAAAAGCUAUUUUUAGGUAGGAGCUGGCCAGUGGCCUUUCCUAGGAUAAUGGCUUGUUAUCUCAAGGCCAAAGCAUUAACCUUCACUUCUGCUUCUGUAUGCUUGCUUUAGCAAUUGCUUCCCCCCUCCCUUUUUGCCUUGUAGCAAGUAUUUAUAGGAAACUCCAGCUUAAACUCUUUGCUCAGAGAAUUUGUGUGGUUAACCCCUCUGAGCCCGUGCGUAAUAAAGGAUCGUGCUUCGCCA